AUGAUGACGAAACACGUGGUGUGCCUAGUGACCCUGUGGCUACUGUGGUUUGAAGACCUCGCCGCCUCCGAACACCAGCGCCCCAACAUUGUAAUCAUUGUAGCGGACGAUUUGGGUUGGAACGAUGUCAGCUUCCACGGAUCAAAUCAAAUCCCGACGCCCAAUAUCGACGCACUGGCGUACGACGGUAUCAUCCUUAACCGGCACUACGUUCCACCGCUCUGUACGCCAACCCGGGCUUCCCUUAUGACCGGCCGGCAUCCGAUGAACAUUGGCAUGCAGGACCACGUCAUCAUCUCGGACGAACCGUGGGGUCUCGGGUUGGACCAGAAGCUGAUGCCGGAGUACUUCCGUGAGGCCGGCUAUCGGACGCAUCUGGUCGGCAAGUGGCACCUUGGGUUUUUCCAGCGCGCGUACACACCAACCUACCGCGGGUUUGAGUCACACUACGGGUAUCUAGGUCCGUUCAUCGACUACUGGGAUCACAGCCUGCAGCUGACACAGUCAUCUAGCCGUGGUCUGGACAUGCGCCGCAACACCGACGUCGACUACGGCGUGAACGGAACAUACGCCACGGAUCUGUUCAACGCCGAAGCCGUUCGCAUUAUCGAAACGCACAACACCACGCAACCGCUCUUCCUGGUUGUGACUCAUUUGGCGCCACAUACCGGCAACGAGGACGAUCCCUUGCAGGCACCGGUAGACGAAAUUGCUAAAUUCACCCACAUCCAAGACCCAAAGCGCCGGAUACUGGCUGCCAUGAUAUCGCGGAUUGACACGGGGGUUGAGCAGAUCUACCACAGCUUGGAGGCACGUGGCAUGCUCGAGAAUAGCAUCAUCCUUUUCCUAGCCGAUAAUGGUGCUCCGACGGUCGGAGUUCAUGCUAACUCGGGAUCGAACCAUCCUUUGCGUGGGAUGAAAUAUUCGCCAUGGGAAGGAGCCGUUCGUGGAGCUGCGCUGAUAUGGAGCCCGCUGCUAGCCCGGAAAGGCGUCGUUUCAGAGCAAUGGCUUCACGUGAGCGAUUGGUUGCCUACGCUAGGUUUCGUGGCCGGCAUCAAGAACCUCCCAGCGGGCAGUGCCAUCGACGGUCAGAACCAAUGGAACACGCUGCAAACGGCUUCCGAAAACGGUCGCUCGAUCGUCAUGAAUAACGCAGAUGAGAUGUUUUUCUACAGCAGCUACACGAAGCACGGCUGGAAGUAUGUUAAUGGUUCGUGUUUUUCUGGAGCAUACGAUGGCUGGUUGGGGCAGUUGAACAAAGACGAUCACGUGCCCGAAGAGGAUUACUACUCAAGAUUAACGGCCGCGGGAAGUAUUGGCUCUGCAGCGCAAUUGCACAAAAGUCAAGUGCAACAGUUACGAAGCGCAGCAAGCAUUAAAUGUCCUGAAAGUAUAAAUGAAAUACCCUGCGAGCCGCUUAAACAACCGUGCUUGUUCAACAUUUUGGACGAUCCCUGUGAACGUCGGAAUUUGGCCCACGAGCAUCCCGAAAUUCUGAAUGAUCUACAAUCCGAUGUGCUGCUGUACAAAUCACAAAGUGCACGGCCUCGCAAUCAACCAGCUGACGCCAGAUCGGAUCCUGCUCUGUACAACUUCACCUGGACUUGGUGGCAGGACGAGAUCGAUGCACAAUUUUCUUCUCAUUAUUUGCUGUUUAUUGUCGCUGCAGUCGAAAUACUAGUUAUUAUGUGCAUCGUUUGCUGGAGUCAGAAAAACUUUUUCAACUAUCAAAAAUGAAACUAAAUUUUAAAAGUACAUAAGAAAAAGCUGUCAAAUCUUUUUCGUCCAAAGUUUGGUUCACUGUAAAUAAAUUCUGAACCAAUAUUUAAAAGUACUCUUCAUUCUUCAGCUGAAAUUAACAAUAUUCAUAUAGUUGCAUGGAGUUGUAGAUGCUUCAAUAAGUAGCAUAAUCAACAUAAUGAAAAUCAACAUGCAGUGGGAAUAAACCACUGAUAAAAUUACUCCCUCUCAAGUAAAAGAUCAGCGUCAUAGGUCCCCUAGUACACAGAAAAAGAUAAUAGAUUGUAACGAACAGCUAAUUAAUUACACUCCGUUCGCCAACGUGUCUGAUUGCGGGGAUUGUAGGAUAAAUUAAGAAUCUUAUCUCAACACGGUGUCAAUCAGCAUCUGUCGAUCGAUCAAGACGUACAGCACGUGUCGGCAAAAAUGGAGAUUCAGACCAUCAGUUCAAACAGAUUAGUUUUUUUCUUGUAGUUAUAAGCAUGAGUCUAGAAUGAUUCUUUAAAUAUGUGAUUUUUACUUUUUAAUCAGCUAUGUAUUACCAAAAUAAACCUGAAAAAGAUGCACUUCUAUUGAAAGCAAUUUAAAUCGCUAAGCAACUCAAGGCACUAGCUUGCAAUAAAGUAUUUCGAAAUAGUGAUUUGUAGGCAGUUCACCGCUCUGCUUCAACGCAUCACUAUCUCUACGUUGGCACUAGUAGCACAAUUUUUACAGUGUUCUCGAUUCUACCUAUCAGUCUGGCUCUGAUAUUCUCGCUUCCUCUGAAUGGAAUGAUUCGUUACAACGACCUGUAACGUCUGAUCAUUGCAAACUCUCGCAACUGGAGGAACUAUCCGUACAUGAGGCUUGCGACGACCUGUUAGCUGCUGUUUUUGUUUCUUUUUUCACUUUCUAUCAACCGUUGCUCUGCCGU